UGAAAUAAAAGACUCCCGCACUGCGAGAAUCUAGUCCUUCUAGUGAUCCGUGCUGAAAAGUGCUCGGAUAGAAAGCAAGUAAUAAAAAUGAGUGAAAAUGCAGAAAUUACGAUUUCAGUUUCGCCGGAAAAUAUUGAAAAGGCCGAGAAGAUAAAAGAAGAAGCUAAUAAUUGUUUUAAAAAACAAGAGUACAACAAGGCCAUUGACCUGUACUCACAGGCAAUAGAGCUCAACCCAACUGUUGCAGUAUAUUAUGGCAACAGAAGCAUCACCUACCUGAAAACCGAAUGUUUUGGGUAUGCACUGAAUGAUGCUACAAAAGCUAUUGAACUAGACAAGACGUAUGUGAAGGGAUAUUAUCGGAGAGCUGGUGCCCACAUGUCUUUGGGAAAAUUCAAGCUUGCACUCCGGGACUAUGAGGCCGUGAUGAAAGCAAAGCCAAAUGAUAUAGAUGCCAAAAUGAAAUAUACAGAAUGCAAUAAGAUUGUGAAGCAGAUGGCAUUUGAGAGGGCAAUACGUGUAGAUGACACAAAGAAGAGUGUAUCAGAAUCCAUAAACUUGGAGAAUAUGGCAAUUGAGAAAGACUAUAAUGGCCCAAACUUGGAAGAUGGGAAGGUGACACUGGAGUUUAUGCAGCACCUCAUAAAGACGUACAAGGAACAGGGCAAGCUUCAUCGAAAGCAUGCAUACAAGAUUCUACUGGAUGUGAAACAGCUUUUCAUGUCACAACCAUCCUUAGUCGAAGUUACAGUUGCUGAUGACAGUAAAUUUACAGUUUGUGGUGACAUUCACGGACAGUUUUAUGAUCUCAUGAAUAUUUUUAAUCUCAAUGGUUUGCCGUCACCAACAAAUCCCUAUCUAUUUAAUGGUGAUUUUGUAGACCGAGGAUCAUUUUCAGUUGAAUGUAUUUUCACCUUAUUUGGGUUCAAACUUCUGUACCCGGAACAUUUCUUCAUGUCUCGCGGCAACCACGAGAGCCACAGUAUGAACCAGAUGUAUGGGUUUGAUGGUGAGGUGAAGGCAAAGUACACUGCUCAGAUGUCAGAACUCUUUGGUGAGGUGUUCAACUGGCUGCCAUUGGCACACUGUCUUAACACCCGCGUCCUGGUUAUGCAUGGUGGGCUGUUCUCCAGGGAUGAUGUCACACUGGAUGAGAUCAGCAAGAUCGAUAGGAACAGGCAGCCACCAGAGGAAGGGCUGAUGUGUGAACUUCUGUGGUCAGACCCUCAGCCACAGGUUGGACGGGCACCCAGCAAACGUGGUGUUGGUGUUCAGUUUGGUCCUGAUGUCACCAAGAAAUUCCUAGAAUUGAACUCUUUGGACUACAUUAUAAGAAGUCAUGAAGUGAAGAAUGAAGGGUAUGAAGUGGCUCAUGAUGGCAAGUGCAUCACUGUCUUCUCUGCACCGAACUACUGUGACACAAUGGGCAACAAGGGAGCAUUCAUUGUGUUGACAGGCAAGGACAUGCAGCCCCAGUACACGACAUAUGAAGCGGUGCCUCAUCCGAAUGUGAAGCCCAUGGCUUAUGCAAAUUCACUGCUCAGUCUUAUAUGCUAGUGCAUCUGCUUAUUACAGAGCUGAUAUCUGAGACCAAGCCAACAAGCCAAACUAACUUCACAAAGCAGAGACCUUGAGAAGAGCUGUCAGGAAACUGUGUGCCUUUUAUGGAACCUGCAAAUGUCACUGGACCUUACACUGAACUGGCUGAAUCCAGAUUACAUCCUCACACCCUACUUCUUUCAGAAUAAAUUUUUAUCUUCAUUCAGAUAUGCCUAGAUCUGUCAGGUGGUCUCUUUUAUAUGUAUUUGUAAUCUCUCUAGCAUACUACAUACAUUCCCUGCCCAUGUCAUACUCCUUGAUCUCAUUAUCCUAAUAUCCAGCAAAGAUUACAAGUUACGAAGAUUCUGGUUAUGCACUUUUCUCAACUUGUUGAAUAUAAUUAGUAUGCUCUUACAUGAGAACAGUCACGUUUUUAUUUCUGAUAUCCUACAUUUUGGGUGGCACUUCAAAAAACAUUAAUGUAGACAACCACAGACUUGAAACCUAUUAGUUUUCAAUGAGAGAAAGUGUUUUUUUUAUCUACGUAACAACAGUUCUGCAUCUCUACAAACUGUAAGUAAAACUAUGAAAUUAAACUGUACAACCUUGAGUGAAGAAAAUAUUUGCAGAUAUAUAUAUGAGGGUAAGUCAAUAAGUAAGUUACAAAUGGAUGUAGAACUUAAACAUAUAAGAGUAUUGAUUUGAAAAAUGCUUUUAUUUCUCAACAUAAUAUCCCUGUACAUUGAGGCACUUGUCCCAUCGUUUCAC